AGUGAGAAUGACGUCAUCGGAAACACCGCGAUCAUUAAAAUUUUAAUGAACGAUUAUCAAAUAUCUUGACCAUGUUUAUCAUGAUAAAAAUAUCAAAAAUAUUGUAAAAAAUAUUCUAUUCUCAAAACUACACACGUAUACGAUGAAACAUAUCUAGAAAAUCCCAAAAAAUGCAAAUUUCUGCUCUGGUGAUCACAUUUCCCAUAAGAGCUAAUGUAAAAAAAAAAUUUCACAACACUUUUAUUUUUGCGCGUAGGAUGGGUUUCAAAUGCCUAAGGUCUAUUCAAAUACCACGGUAAUAUUUAAGAUGUCUUUAAAAUCAGACAUUAGGAAGGUAUUUUAUAUAGUGCUUAUUAUUAUUCUGUGUGGAUUAAUUCUUCAAUUAUUCUGGAUGAAAUUCCGUUUAAUUACCAAGGUAUGUUCCAGAAGCUAGAAUUGCGAUCCGACAUCGGCGGACUGCCAAUUAUCUCUGAAGCAGAAAAAUGGAAUAUGUUGAAGAUAGCCGAACAACGGAAUACACAUUUAAGAACGUACUGCAAUAAACUUGGAUAUGGGUAUUCUGGCAAUAGAACUUUGAAUGCAUCAACAUGGAUGAAUAAAACGUCGGUGUUAAUUCCUCGUUUGUACUACUCAGAUAAACUCAAGGUAAUACUGUGUGAAGUUCCUAAAUGCGGAAGCACAGAAUGGAGAAAAACAUUGCUUAUCGCGGAAGGAAUUGUGAAUGUAACUUCCUGGAGUGAAAUUGAACAGUAUCAUAUUUGGAAGAGAUUGAACUCUUUUGUUUUACUUCGCGAAAAACGAUAUCUCUGGACAAGAUUCCCACCACAAAACCCAGAGUCUAAUCAUGAAAUGAACAAGCGACUGAAUAAUUAUUAUCGCAUCAUGACAGUAAGAGAACCAUUGGAGCGUGUUGUAUCUGCUUACAUCAAUAAAAUAUUUCCUGAGGGAUCGGUAACGGAAUAUUAUAUAACACUAUCGGAAAAAAUACAUGCAAAAUUUGCUAAAAGCAAAAACACGGAAUAUUUCCAACCUGGUAGAGCUAGCUUUGAAGAAUUUGUCGACAGUAUAUUGAGCAAUCCAAAGCAAGUUGAUGUCCAUUGGAGAUUGUAUAGUGAUAUAUGUGAUCCUUGUCAUAUUCAAUAUGAUUACAUUGCUAAAUUAGAGACAAUUGCAUUGGAUUCUGAAUAUCUUGGGAAGAAAUUGGGAAUAAGUAACAAUCUAUUUUUUAAAGAAAAAUCCAAUUCAUGGGAAUCAUUGGGACACAAGUGGAAAAAUAAAUACAGGACGUAUUUGGACAGCCUUCCUGCGAAAAAAUUGCAUGCCUUGUAUGAAGCAUAUUGGGAACAAUAUAAAUUAUUUAAUUAUUCGACCCCUUCAUUCGUAUGAUGGAUUAUGAACGCUGAACUGCGCUUGAUACAAUUAUGGUAAUGAAGGUUUCCCUGUCCCUUGGUCCCGGGAAAUUUCUUCCUAUGCUUCACCAUUACAAAAAUUUCAUGCUUAUUUUAGUAGUGGUUUCGCCAGCUGGCGUCUAUAAACCGAUUUACACGUUCCAAACCUUAAUUUCGAUUCAAAAUAUUCAACUAACUGUCAUUUAAAAGUACCAGAAGAAAAGUUUAGUCUAGUUUAUCACAGCUAUUUCUUGGCCAAUUUUUGAUUGCUGCAAUCAAACUAAACUCCAUCGAAGACGAAAUUGAGGUUAUUUGAUUCUUACUUAAAUUUUCGAAACACAACUGAAAACUGACAAAUAACAUGUAAAACCUCGAAAACGAGGUGACAUAUGCAACCAUCAUGGCUGAGAAUCUGUCUGGGUGGUAAGUGUCUGAGCGGCUGCUAAAAUUUAUAUUGUUACGUCACUUUUUGAUUAUUAGCCAAUGAUGCUGGAGAAAGCCAGAAAGUCGAUGCUCGGGGAAGUCGACACCCAUCGACUCCAUUCUAGAGAUAACAAUAUUUUAAUGGAUGAAAGCUAUAACAAAUGUUAUCUUACUAAGUUAGAAUCUUGUAAACUGAAAAGAGGUAAUUAAUACAAGUAUUGGAAACGAUUAAUAAUAACAUGAUAUCCGAGUUAAUUAUCAGAUAGUGAAGUAGCAGGCCUACAUACCAAGCGAGUUUAACAGUUUUAACUCCUAUACGCGGCGCGUACUUCAGGAGACCCAUUUUAUCUAGUACUGGUCACUUAACGUUAGCAAACAAAGCUUGACAAGAUCUGAAGUUUGGCAAAUCAAAAGUAUCUAGUUGAGAUAGAAUACCGUAGCUCACGUUACUUGUACAAAGUUCAGAAUUUACGACUCACGAUAUAAGUUACUGAUAACGUUAAAUUUCUGUAUUUACCGUUAUAGACUAUAGCCUAGUCUUAUCUAGUACUGGUCACUUGACAUUAGCAAACAAAGCUUUGGUUUGCUUGACUGGCAACGUUAGCUGAACGCAAUCUGAAUCCACAUGAACACUGUAAUAGUAGUAGUGGAUUGACUGAUCGAUUGUUUAAUUAUGACUAGAUUAAGGUACCGUACCGGUACUAUAAUUUCGCGUUUGUUUAUCAGCAUCAACUUAAU